CACAGCCCUAGAUAUCUGAGUCAUUGCUUCAUAUCCUGCCUCACUUCAGCACUUCCUCAUUUAAAGCAGAGGCUCCUCGGAGCAGUAGACUGUACUUUCUCGAUAUCCUGCCUGAAUUUGUUGAAAUUCUUCGUAGCCUCCCCUCCCGCUCAGCAAGAGGAGCCCAUAGAGCCACCCCUCCCCUCCAGGGGCCAAACAUUCCUACACAUACACAGAAGGUGUCAGUCCAAUUCAGACAGCAGGACACUGCAGGCAUACAUCAGCAGAGAUAUCUUCACUUUAACAGAGACAAAAGGAGCAGCUGGAGAGCCUGGUGAAGUCAGUGACGUGGAAGGGUUCCUAAGAGGUGGGAAGCCACAAAAAUGAAAUGGGAGACUCUCUGGACAGUUGCCUGCUUGCUGUUUGCGUCUCUACCCAGAGGUCAACCAGACACAAUGUGCCAUGCAUUUGUUGGAGAAAGUGUCAUUUUGCCUUGUGCCACCACCUCUCCCAGUGAACUGGAUGUUUCCAAUUUGAUGCUCUACUGGCAGAUAGAGUCUAACAUAGUGCAUUUUUUCCACAAUGGGGAAGAUAAGCCAGAGUUCCAGAAUACAUAUUACAGUGGCAGAACCAGUCUGUUUUUGGACCAGGUGAAGCACGGCAACUUUUCCCUUAAGCUCUCCAAUGUCAAGCUAGAGGACACGGCUGUAUACUCUUGCAUCUCUAAGCAGUCUGGGAAUCACCCCACCCCAACACAGAAAUCUAAAAUUAGGCUCAAUGUAUCAGCUCAAUCUAGCACUGGGGAGGAACAUACCGCUUCUGGUAAGGCAACAGUCCUCAACAUGCUAAGUGUCUGAGUGAUUGCCUUUAAUUAAAUUAAUUAAUUUAAAUUUGUUAGUUUGAAUUUGGUAGAUUGAUAAACUGUGUUGAAUAGAGAAAGUCCAAGACACUUCUAGCAAAAUACAAACUUAGAUCCAGCUGUUCAGAUAGGGAAAAAUUACCUUUACCACCAGCACAGACCUAGACCACAGGAAGAGGAAUAUUGAAGUGCCAGUGGUCCCCAGUCCAUAAAGCCAGUCACCAUUAAGAGCACCAUAAGGAUCAAUAAAACACAAGUAACAUGGAAGCCACUCCAUGCUGGGAGAUAAGACCUUUGUAAAUUACCUUGGUAUAAAUGAACUACUAAAUCAAGAGAUUUGGGGGUAUUUUUCAGUAAACAAAGUAAUAAAUGUGCUAAAAAUACAAGAAUGACGACUCCACAUAAGGUCCUUCAGGAAAAUUUAAGUAGAUCUCAUCUGACAGAAAUUCUGAAAUAUGAGGCAUAUGCUAAAUUCUAGGUUUAAUCAUUACAGAGAAGUAACAGUAGUAAGGUCAUUUACAAACACUUCUUGAGCAGAUAUAACACAGAAGAUAUAGCACAUGUCCAGCCCUGACAUGCUGUGGUCAAGAAAAUCUCCCAUUAAAAAUCCUGCUUGUAAGUCAAAUUAUUCAUAACAGCCCUACAAAAUCUUAAAUUGGUGUCAUCAAACCUGUAACACUUUCUCAUAUAAAAAUUAAUGGCUGUAAUUUGUAUUUUACUUAGCGUAGCUGAAAGAUACAAUCAAUUACAUGACGAUCAUUAUAUUAAAGUUAAUGUAGUAUGUUCAGCCACAGUAGGAUGUUGCAACAAGACUGGGUGGCAAUAAACUCAAAUGGAAACCAAGGAAGAGAACUGUUGAAGUGUUUCAUCAUUAUCAUGCAGAAGAUUUCAGCUUAAAACCUCACGGGCCAUAAACAAUUGUAAAAGUUAGAGGAAAUGUCUUUUUUAGACCUAAUAUAACUCCUCUCACUGGCUUAGAGGUCUUCAUAGAACAUGAAAUUACAUAUAAGAUGGUGUCGUAUGCCUUCAGUGACACAACACUACAUGAGAACAUCAUAAGAGCAAACAGAACAGGAGCUAGAACACCUCUAGCUGUUACCUUCCAUCAGAAAUAGGAAACCUUUUCAAAAUGAAAUGCAAAUAGGGUGAGCAUAAAAAUGCCUAUAUUUAAAGGAGAUAAUUUUAUAUAUAUUUGGCUUCGCUGAAAACUCUCUGACAACUUUUUCUCAAUAGAAAUAGUUGCUCACCAUGAAAAUAUAUUUCUACAAAUAAAUAAAAAGAUUAGGAGAAGGGAAAGUGUUUCAAAUUUGCUACAGUAGGAUAAACUGAAUCACAAACCUUACACAUCUGAAGGCUUUUUUGCUGUUGGAUUUUAGGGGGGGAUGUUGUGGAUGGCGGAAAGAACAAAAGCUUAACUUUCAAAACAUAAGUUUUUGCAAAAAGAAAAAUAUUUCCUGUUGUCAACAUUAUUUUUUAAAACUUUAAACAAAACAAACAAACAAAAAAAACAGGCACAGCACACAGGCGUAUUUUUUGGGGGGGCGGGGGAAAUUUCUUAAGAAAGGCAGGAAAUUAAUUUGUUCUAUAUUAGUUGCUAUUUUGGAAGGGACUUAGAAAAGUUUAAAGACCUGCUGAGAGCAAAAAGGCUGCUGUAUGCAGAAACAGUUCUCACGCUGUGCAGUCAUUAUGACCAGAUCAGCAGAUGUUUAAUUAUUAUUAUUAUUUUUUUUAAUAAAACUGGAACAAUUUUGAUCUGUUUCACCUUUGCUUCUUUUCUAUUCAUUUAUUUGCUGGGUUGAUUUUUUUUUUCAUAAUUAUUUUACAGAGCCCGAUUUUACUGUCACUUUACUGUCACCAUGUCUUGGGAGACUCCCUCUGGGCUAAUAGAAACUGUGUUUUAAGUUUAUUUCCGGGACAAAGGGAAGUGCAUAGGGCUGGCAGAGGUCACAAGACUCCAGGAGACUUGCUAUCACCUCACAUUUACUUCAAAGCAUUACUGAGGACUCCCGACAUUAACUUGCUCUUUAAACAUUAAUAUAUCAUGCUCCUUCUAGAGAGAGGAGGAGGAAAAGCUCACACUGGUGACGAGUAAAACACUCUGAAAGCCACUGCCUGCGGGUCCUGAGAUACCACAUCAAUUGGAGCUGCCUAAAAACUGGUAUAGAAAACGUCUUCCCAGAGAAGGACUUUGACCUGAACAGCUAUAGGGGAAAAACCUCUGUACUGCUUAAGUCAGGGGUUCAAAAUC